AUUACAAUCAGACGCUUGCGGGCUUUUUGAAACUUGACUUCCUGUAACUGGCGGUGAGUAGAUCCAAGAAGACGAACGAGCAAGUUGAUGGCGAACUUGAUAGUUUUUUAUGAGAAUUAGUCGCGCAUCCACGAUCAAAAGGUCCAACACCUUCCUUCCUUCCUUCCGCCCUCGGCCGCUGCCCGCCGAUCCAGUUCCUCGCUCUCGUCCCGUGGCCACUGGGAAAAUGGAGGACGCACCGGCCGCGGCGCUGAAGGCGGUUACAUUGACCCACGUCCGGUACCCGCAGGGCGACUCCCUGGGCCACUUCCUGGCGUGGGUGUCCCUGAUCCUGGUCUUCAUCAGCUUUGGUGGGUUCAUCUCCCACUUCAUCUUCUGGCGGGAGCUGCAGGGCCUCUGCUUCGCCCUCGGCCUCAUUAUCUCCCAGGUCAUCAACGAGCUCAUCAAAUCCUCCAUCCACCAGUCCCGCCCCUCGUCGAUGUGCGCCAUCCUCGAGGUCUGCGACUCCCACGGUUGGCCCUCCAGCCACUCGCAGUUCAUAUUCUUCUUUUCGACCUACUUUUCCCUCCUCUGCCUCAUCAACGGCGUCGGCGUCUCCUCCCCCAGCUCUAGACGCAUCAUCGCCCUCCUCCCGUGGCCUUCCGCCUUCCUCACCCUCAACUCGCGCGUCUACCUCGGUUACCACACCGUCCCCCAGGUGCUCGCGGGAUCGACGCUGGGGCUGCUGCUCGGGGCCGGGUGGUACUGGAUCGUGAACACGAUGCUGGUGGACUUCUUUCCGGCAGUGGAGGAGAGCGCGAUCGGGAGAUUCCUGUACAUCAAGGACUCGACGCACAUCCCGAACGUGCUCAAGUUCGAGUACGACAAUGCAAGGGCUGCCAGGAAGAAACCAGCCAAGGAUUGAACGAACCCCCCUCGACGAGACAUGCUUCAGCUUUAUAUAUGGAGAUCACAUGAUUUAUCAUAAAAUUGGAUACAGACUUCAAUGGAAAAUGAAAUCAAAGCGCAUUAGCAGCUUCACAGAUUUUAGGGUCCGACCCUUGCGGUCGCAAAGAC